AUGACGUUCAACUUGACACAUCUGUUGGUUUACUUGGGGUUGUUGGUUGGAGGACUAGCUCUCUAUGGCUUCAGCAUUGUUGUUUACCGAGUCUUCUUUCACCCUCUAGCCAAAUAUCCAGGCCCAUUCAUCGCCAAGAUCACAGAUGGAUACCAGCUCUACCACGCUUGGAAGGGCGACAGGCAGCUCGAGUUCUGGCGCAUGCACCAAAAAUACGGCCCAGUUGUCCGCUUCGGCCCCAACUCGCUUUGCUUCAACUCCAACAAGGCCCUCAAGGAGAUAUACGGCUUCCGCACAAACGUCCGCAAGGCCGAAUUCUACAAUGCCUUUGUUCACCCUACCGCCAAUACGCAUAACACGCGCGAUAAGGAAGUCCAUGCCCGUAAGCGCCGUGUCAUGUCUCAGGCCUUCUCCGAGAGCGCCAUGAAGGAGAUGCAGCGAUACAUCUUGGGCAACGUCCGUACUUUCUGCGAGCAGAUUGGUAUGCUGGAGGGUUCCGGAGAAGAGACCAAGGGCUGGACCAAGCCUCGAAAGAUGAGCGACUGGUGCAAUUACCUUGCCAUGGAUAUUCUUGGUGAUUUGUGCUUCGGCAAGGCUUUCCAUAUGCUCGAGAGCCCGACUAACCGCUUUGCCCUGGAGCUUGUUGAAGCUGCCACAACCCGCCACCUUCUCUGUGGAACCAUGCCCAUCGUGAACAAGCUCAACUUGGACAAGAUUCUCUUCCCUGGACUCGCUGCUGGUCGUGCUCGCUACAUGGGCUACAGCAAGGGCCAACUCGCAGAGCGCACGAAGCUUGGUGAGGAGACAGACCGCCGCGAUUUCUUCUACUAUCUUCUCAAGGCCCGCGAUCCUGAGACUGGCCAGGGCUUCAGCACUCCUGAGCUUUGGUCCGAGUCCAACCUACUUAUCAUUGCUGGAUCUGACACCACGUCGACCGCGAUGGCUGCCACUCUCUUCUACCUUGUCCGAUGCCCUCGCGCUCUCGAGCGAGUCACUGAAGAAAUCCGAAGCAAAUUCAACGAUGUCGAGGAGAUUUGCCAAGGUGCCACUCUCGCAUCUUGCACCUACCUCCGAGCCUGUAUCGAUGAAGCUAUGCGUCUCUCUCCAUCUGUCGGUGGUAUUCUUCCCCGUGAGGUUCUCUCCGGCGGGAUCACCGUUGAAGGCCGUGCCAUUCCCGAGGGUACCGUUAUUGGCGUUCCCCAUUAUACCAUCCACCACAAUGAGUCCUACUAUCCCUCGCCAUAUGAGUACGUCCCUGAGAGAUGGCUCGUCGGUGCCCUCAACCCCCUCACUGGCGAGAAGACAACCGAGGAUGAGGUUGCUCUGGCUGCCAGUGCAUACUGCCCCUUUAGCAUUGGGCCCCGUGGCUGUAUCGGCAAGGGUCUCGCCUAUGUUGAGAUGACAAACACACUUGCCCGCACUAUGUAUCUUUAUGACAUGCGCAAGGCUAUUGGUAUCGUGGAUCCUGCUGAGGGCAACCCUAAGAAUGAAUGGGGUCGACACCGGCCAAGCGAGAUGCAAUUAGUUGAUACAUUUACGAGUGCCAAGAACGGACCUAUGAUUGAGUUCCAUAGUUGUCGAUUCGAACAUGUAAACCCAAACAAUCGAAAUCAACCCUCGAACCGCUUUGGAGCUCUUGGAGGAGGGGGCAGUCAAAACCCAGCUGACAAAUACAACAUUACUAUCGACACGAUCGAAAAGGAUUUGACGAACGAAGUUCCGCAAUGGAUCUUCUCGGCCUAUGCGCCAGGGCGAGAUGCUCCUGGCCAGCUCUUUGGCGGAUAUCCGCGCGAACAGAGCUUUGAAGAGCUGCGGCUACACUUCAUGAUGGGGAAAGCGUCGGGAAACGAACAGCAAGCUCUUAACGAAGCACAAGAGCUAUAUGCUCAAGCCCAACAACAGAUGCAGACCGCUCUGCGCGACGUUAAAGGGGCAAUUCAGUUCAUUGGAACGCAAGGAGCUCCCUUUGGCGAAUUUCUCGUUGGGAAGCGACCCAAGUCGACAAUCGCCGAUACAGGCGCUCAGCCAACCCCGUUCGGGUCCAACAAUAACAACGCUUCGAGUCCUUUUGGUGGUGGCGCAUCGGCCGGUGGAAGCGCCUUUGGGCAGCCAUCGACUCUCGGCGCGAAACCAAGCGCGUUUGGUACGCCCUCCUUUGGUCAACCAUCGCAGCCAGCUCAAGGAGGAGGCUCGGUAUUUGGUCAGCCAUCGCAACCUUCAGCGUUCGGACAACCAUCACAGUUGGGACAAACCGCCUCAGCAUUCAGCAAGCCAGCGCAAACCUCAACCUUUGGCCAGCCGUCACAACCAGGGUCUGCUUUUGGCCAACCUUCAGCUUUAGGCGCAAAGCCCAAUCCGUUUGGCACACCAGCCUUCGGACAACCUUCGCAACCAAAUGCACAAGGCAGUGUCUUCGGCCAACCGUCACAGCCAAAUACGCAAGGCAGCGCAUUCGGUCAACCGUCACAGAUAAAUGCCCAGGGCAGUGCCUUUGGCCAAGCCAGCCAACUUGGACAGAAACCGAGUCCCUUCGGAGCACCAAGUGGAACGAACAACAGCUCUAGCCCAUUCGGAGCCGUCGCAAAUAACAACAGUGCCCCUGCAGCGAACCCCUUUGGUGCUCCAAGUGGUAGCGCAACAACCAGUCAGCCUGCCAAUCCUUUCGGAUCCAACAGUAAUAACCAGAACAAUGCCCCGGCGAAUCCGUUUGGACAACCCUCACAGCCUGCUCAGGGAAGCUCGCCAUUUGGCCAACCUUCAAAUGCUGCCGCACCGGCUACAGCAACCCCAUUCGGUGCAUCUAAUGCGACCUCGAAUCAACCUACAAACAGUCCAUUUGGCCAGCCGUCACAGACUCAGUCGAAUGGCUUUGCAUCACAGAAUAACCAAACACCAGCGAGCAAUCCAUUUGGUCAAGCCGCGCAGCAGAAACCAGCGAAUUCUUUUGGCCAACCUUCUAACGCUGCACCAGCUGCCGCCAACCCGUUUGCUACAACGCAGGCUCAAAACCCCCCAGCAGCAGCAGCGGCGGCAUCCGCUACUUCGACAGGCCCAUAUCCACCGAACAGCAGUAGACAGCAUCCGCCAAUUGAGAGCUAUAGCUCAAAAGGUAUGGAUGGUCGGCUAUCAAUGUUCAAGGGCAAAUCAGUCAUCUACAAGGACGGCAAACCUGGAAUUCGAGAAUUCGAUGGGACCUGGCGGCGGAUUUGGUUCCCAGAUGGUCCUCCUGCGUUCUCAGCGGAUACAGAAUUGGCCCCUGAGAUGUACGACGACAAGUCCAAGGCUCAGUGGAUGGCCUUCGCACAGACCGGGACCUUUGAGGGUGGCCUGAUGCCCGAACUACCGCCUCCGCGAGAAUGUACACUAUGGGACUUCUAA